GAGAGACUACCAUAAUGUUUGUCGCCUCUUUCUUCACGACCCUGAUGGCUUCCUGCUUGGCUUCGUCUUAUGACCAAUGUCCAGAUCACCAGCUCGUAUCGGACGGUGCGAUUAACGAUGCCAUCUCUUCAAUGAAGAACAUCUACGGCAGUGAAGAAUUUCGACUAGAGCAACGCUGGUGGGGCCCUUUCGCCCUUAACUUGACAUCACUAUACUUCUACACAGAGAGCGCUUUCGAGCCGUUUACGCGAUACUGCAAAGGAGGAGACGCCAUGGUGGAUGCAGAACUUGAAUUCACCUGGGUCCUCAGUUUAAAAUGCACUAUUGGAGAUCAAGACGAUUUCCUGGGAACUGCUCGUGUGUAUUUCAACCAAGCGGUAGCCAAGGUCCAGUUCCAGUUGAAUUCGUCCUCAGAAAAUGAAACUUUCACAUUGUACCCAACAGCAGUGCGUCCGACAUGGCAGGGGACUAUUUCAACCACAUUCUACAGCAAUGAGCCACAAUAUUACAUGGAAAUUGUGGAUAUUCUGGUGAACCAGUUCGUUAAGCUCUACGCAAAUGAUAUACUUAGCUGGAUUUCGGGGCGUUCUGUUAUCAAGAACAUUUUUGAGAGGGAAAUAAAUAAAAUGGCCCCCUUUUAUGUAGAUUUGUAGUGUAAUAAUCCAUAAAAUCAAUCAAUGAACAGACCCUAAAUAAAAAAGAACAUUUCGCUAAAACUACAUUACUGGCUAAUAAUGCGGUUGAUAAGCGUAACUCAAUUAUUUCCAGUCAUGUGCAAGCAAACAUGAUCGCGGUGCACUUGUACAAAUCUACAUCAGAAAAACUUUCUUUUUCGGGUCCUGUUUCAAUAUUCUUCAAGAAAGUAAAUGUUUAGUUUCUCGAACAAAUUUCUGUGUGUAAUGAGGUUGAAUUCACGCAAGUCUCCUAAGACCUCACAUCAAUGUCUGGAUGUGUUAUGCUGAUCAUUCUAAAGCACGGGUCCUCGUGCAAAUGCCUACCGGUCUUAUUUUAUGUGCUGGUUAUUACUCCAAUAAAUUCAGAAAAUCUUC